GUCUGCUUUGACGUCACGCCCGGGUGCAUGACGGGAACUGUAGUCCGCAGCUCUUUUACUUCCUGUUCGUCGGAGUGCGGGUGUGAAGUUGAGUUCUGAUCAGAUUCGAGUUGAUUAAAGUUAUAAUCACACAUGAGAUGUCUGCGUUUGAGGCGUCCAGCAGCAGCAGCACCAGCAGGCCCAUCACUGCCUUGGCUUGGGCUUCUAAUUCGAGCACCUGCCCCAGUCAUUUCAGCCUGAUCAAUCAAACUGAGGAGGGAGGUUCAGCAAACUUCAGCAGGGGUUUUGGUCUGAAGUCAGGAUAUUAUCUGUGUUACAGCAGGGAUCUGUCUGGAGGUAUGGUCGUGACAGAUGUGCAGGUGAUUUCUGAUAAAGAGACGAUUCCUCAUGGUUAUUGCUACAUCCCAGAAUAUCUGGAGCACAAGGCAUCUGUUGGGAAGAAGAAGCGUAUUUGUGUGCGUAUUGUUCCUGUGGGCAGCGUAACGACAGCCGUUCUUGAGCUCAGACUGACGAUUAAGAACAGGACCAUGUUGCAGCAGUACACCUGUCUGGGGGACAUGAAUGGGUUUGUGGUCUGGUGUUUGAAGGGCCCGAUCUCACCUCCAGCGCCCCAGGCCAAGCCCCGUAGAGUCAGUCUGGAAAUGCACAAUCUCUCGAUAGACGGCACUGGACCACCGCAGCCGCUCAAACCCAGCAAUUUUCCUGCUGGCCCGUCCAAAGUCAGCCGUCGCCGCACUAACCUAGAUUCCAACAAGUCAAUGGACGGUGUGUGUGACAGCGGUAACCAUAGUAACAUCUAUGGUAUAACAGCGAUGGAUGGAGUUCCUUUCAGCCUGCACCCGAAGUUUGAGUCUCAGUCAAACACACAGGUGUCUGUAAGCACAUUGGGUGAUGUUCGUAUAAAAUCAGUGCAGGACAUUGAGAAUGAGUAUAACUACACAUUUACAGUGGAAGAACAGGCAGCAAAGAUCAUUCGGCCCUUGCUGACCACUUCUUAAAUUAUUUUCUCUCUCUCUGUUUUUAUUAGAUUUAAAAUAUGAUUUUGCAAAAGGUUUGCUUCCAGGCUUUUAUCUGUGAAGUCCUACAAUCAUGUUUUUAAUGUAGAUCAUCAGGGUUUCAUCCAAGAUAAACCUCAAUCUACUCUUAACUAGUUUAGUUAAGUUUGUUACAGCUUUAUGUGUUUCUAGGAACACUAAUAUGAAAGGGCUUGAGAAACCUGUGGAGAAACCCGUCACAAAUACAAUAGAAAUACAUUGUUAUUUUAUAAUUGUAAAGCCAAAUCAUUUGGGUUUUUGUUUUGGGAGUUUAGUUUUCUUUACACUAAUGUUCUAUUUAUAUAAAUAUAUAUUUAGUGCUGGGACCAAAUAUUUGUGUGUGUUAUAUCUUUAAAUCAUUUUUAAAUGCUUGGUUGAAGGUCUUUCUGUGUAAAUUUAAUACAAAUGUUUUUAUCAGAACCUGACUGAAUAAAUCAGUAAAAGUAUGUACAGA